AUGCUGGUCCUGCUGAACGUGGCCGUCGCCUCCAGGAUCGAGGUUGUUGUGUCGCCAAGGAAGAAACACAACACCAUCUCCGCCAGAUUCUGUUCCCUCAGAAUUCUCCUCUUGCUGGUGACCACGGCGGAGGUGGUGGAGACGUCGUUUGGUAUGUUGUGGACGUUCCUCUUCAUCUUGAUGGAGGAUGUGUCUCAAGCCUGGUAUCCUGACUUCACCUACCUCGAGCUCUUACAGGGCCUCGCUCUGGGCAUCGACUGCUUACUUGGGGAAGUCCCCUUUAUGUUCCUCUCCUCGUACACCAUUCAACACUUGGGUCACCUGACCACCAUCGCAGUGUCUCUGGCGUCCUUCAGCACGCGUUUUCUGCAGUACUCCUUCGUCAGCAACCCCUGGUUCUUCCUGGCCAUCGAACUCCUGCAUGGGAUGUCCUUCGGCCUAAUCCUGUCCAGCGUUUCCUCCUACGCCAGUGUCCUCGCACCCAAGGGCGCCGAAGCCACCGUACACAGCCUCGUCAGACUCUGCUUGAUGUUUGGUUAG